AUGCAGACCAUUAACCGCUUUCUCUAUGGACCGACACCCGAAGAGAGAGUCCGUGCAUGGCAAGGAAAACUGCGUUCAGAAAGUCGACAGCUGGACAGGGAGAUGAGGCAGCUUGAAGCGGCGACUGCAAAAGCACGCAUGACAGUGAGACAGCUCGCUGCUAAAGGAGACGUGAAGUCUGCCCGUAUUCUCGCCAAGGAGGUCGUCCGCAGUAAUAAGCAGAAAGACCGAUUGUCUGUUAGCAAAGCACGGUUGGGAUCGAUCGGUACUCAGCUACAGCAGCAGCUGGCCAUGGUCAAAGUUACAGGGUCAUUGCAGAAGUCCACGGAAAUUAUGAAACUAUCCAACUCGCUUGUCAAAUUACCACAGAUAAGUCAAACGAUGCGGGAAAUGAGUAUGGAAAUGACAAAGGCUGGGAUCAUGGAGGAAAUGCUUGAAGACACGUUACAAAUGGACGAAGACGAAGAGCUAGAAGAAGAGGCAGACGCUGAAGUUGACAAGGUUCUUUUCGAUCUCACUAACGGGAAACUCGGCCUAGCUGGCUCAGUUGGAACUGAACUACCGACACCACAAGAUCAACUGGAGGAUGAGGAAGCGGAGAGGGUAAUGGAGGAGGCCCGAAAACAGCUGAACGGUCUAUUGAGCGGCUGA